AAAGAAUUGAAAAUUGAGUAUACAUAGGAGAAGGAGGUCUUUCGGAAAACAAAACGAGCAACAGAGUUGGGAGAAAACCGAAGCUAUAACCCAUUUUCCAUCUUGAAUGAAUUUCCAAACAAGAAUCACUCAAAAUGGAGCGCAAGGAAGUGGACCAACAAUUCAUGGAUCACUCUCUUCUUGCUACGGAGCUAAUGCGAGAUCCGAAUCACUUUAUAAUGGAUCUCAUAGAUCACACCUACAAGGCGGAAGGACCCACCAAUCUCAGCACGAAUGCCGUACACGGGAGUCAUCAUCCUACGGGAUCCACCUACGCGGAUGUGGAGAUCAAGGACACUCUGACACCGGAAUCCCUAAACACUAUUUUCCAGUUCGUAAACAAAUCCUCAUCCUCCCCGGAAAGCGUAGAGCAGCAGCAGCAUCAGGUUAACCAUCAGCAGGAAGUUAACCAACAGCCCGCAUUUCCCGCUCUGGGUAACAUUGAGCCCAUCCCAGUGCCCAUCAUGGAUGUGGUGGCCACCGAGGAGCUGCUGUAUGCCUCUUCCGCCUGCAUGAAUGCCCGCAAGGUGCUGCCCCACAAGAAGCGCAUCUCCAGGAAGCUCAAGGGCAACAUGGACAACGAUCUGCUUGUGGAGCAGCAGCAGCAGCACAAAGAGCUUGUGCAGGAGGAUGUACCGGAUGUGCCGGGCUCUUCGGCGCUCUAUAGCUGUGAGAUCUGCGGAUAUGCGGUGCACACGCAGUUGGAUUUCUUUGCCCAUCUCAAGCAGCACUAUGAGCCCACGGAGCAGCAGCGACUGGUUGUCCAGGAUCACCAUCCUCAACAACAACAGCAGCAGCAGCAGCAGCAUCAUCAUCAACAGCAGCUCCAGAAGGAACCACUGGACAUGUGCGGCUUAUCCGCUCAGGAUAAGCUCCAACAGGAACAAGCCAAACUGGACCAAGUCUUUCACGAUGUCCAACUAAACUUUGAGAACUUCCACAACAUCAGUCACCAUCAUCACCAUCAUCACCAUGUGGACGAAGAUGACGACGACGACGAUGUUGUGGCCAAUGAUGUGGGCGUCGAUAUGGUGUUGCCUGGCCAGGCAACGGAUAAACUCAGUCCCGUUGUGGUCGUGGUCAACUCGAAUGCUACACCGAAUCCCUUGCCCGUGGCAGUGGAUGAUGAUGUGGAGUUUAGCGACACGGAGGACAUGCUAGAGGGCAUACGGAAUGUGGUGGACAAGGUGUCCAUAGAGGACACCUGCGAUGAGCUUGUGGAUCUGGAGCUAACCUCCAGUGGAAUGACAGCACCUUGGUUUAACAAUAACUUUAGGUACAUCACAUUUCCGACGCUGUUGUUGCCGGGAGAACCGCCACCGUCGUCGUCGGCCUCAGCUUCCACAGCUCCUGCCUUGCUCAAGGAAAACUCGCACAUAGAGUUGGAUUUUCUAAGUUCCGAGAACGGAGUCCCCAAGACGGAUAACAAAAUGGAGAGGCCUUUGGCCAAGCCUAGCGAGGAUAUGGAACAGACCUUGCUAGUGGCGCCGCCAUCGCCUCACGUUCCUGCUCCACCACCUCCACCUCUACCUCUACCUUCCCAUACUCAUCCCAACACCAACUCCUCCAUUGAGCAACUUCGUCGUUCUCCUUUGAUGUUAAACGAAGGCUACAAAUUGGAGGAGGACGACAGCAGGCCACCUUCGCCCUUCGACGAAGACGAAGGCGAUCACCAUGAGACUGAUGAACACCAAGAGAGCUUCUCGUUGCCGGGUCUAGACAGCAGUUUGUCAGAGGAUACGGGCGGAAAGGCGAGGAGAAAGCACUUUUGCGACAAGUGCAGUCGCGACUUCAACUCGUAUAAUGCCCUGAAGUACCAUCAAUAUACGCACAACCAACAGAGAUCCCACAAAUGCGAAAGCUGCGAGAGAUCCUUCUACACACAGAGUGCCCUCAAGGCUCAUGAAAGAACACAUUCCGGCGUGAAGCCAUUUAAAUGCGAAAAGUGUGACUUUAAAUUCCGGCAAUGGGGCGAUCUCAAGUAUCACAUCAUCUCCCGGCACAGCGACAUUAAGGCGCACAUGUGCGAAUUCUGCGGCAAGAGCUUCUCCCGGCGAUAUUCCCUCGUCCUUCAUCGGAGAAUUCAUACCAGCGAGAGGAACUAUGCCUGUCAGUAUUGUGAGAAAACCUUUCGCGCCAGUUCCUACCUGUUGAGUCACAUUAAAGUGCACACGGGGGAGCGACCCUACGAGUGUUCGAUUUGUGAGAAGAAAUUCCGGGUAUCGGGUGAUCUCAAGCGACAUUCCCGCAUCCAUGAUCCCGCCAGAAACGGGCAUGCUGCCAUGGACAAGGGGAAAAAGAAGGAGAAGGCAGCGCUUGCUGCUCCCACAGCUGCAUGCAAUAUUAAAUUACAGGAUCAGGACGACAACCACACACAAAAUCACAAGUCUGAGCGAGAAAUACUGGGCUCAUAGCCACUCUACUGUGCCAAGGUUUCAUUAGAGUAGAAAUUAGAUAUUUGUAAAAUAAUUGUAAAUAAACCAAUGGAAUUUAAGUGAGAAUUUAAGUAAGAAUUCUAAGGCGUCGCAAAUAAGACUUAACAGUAAAUAUUAAAGAAAUAAAGCAAAGGUAAUAUAAUAUAUGAAAGAGAGCUCGCAUUUAAGAGAAUGCCUUUUUUCACGUAUUCCCUGCAAUGCACAAGCAUUCCCACGAAAGAACAGAAAUAAAAUGAAGAGCUGUUUUAGAGAGCUUAAGGAUACAAAUAUUAAAGAUAAAAUUUUAAAAAUAUAUGGAUAUAAGAAAGGGUAAUAUAAGCAAUAAGAUCAUAUGAAAUUUUGAAAUAAGAAAUAAAUCAAAUCCAGAGAGAGAGAGAGAGCUUAAGAGCCAGGAACUUUCUCUCCAUCUAUGGACUAUUUUCAAAUUGUUAGAAUUUCGUUGCUAAAAGAAUAGUAUCUAAAUAAUGAAACUAA